AUGGAAGACGGGGUAUUUAAAGAAAUAUCGCAACCUGAAGAGAUAAAGGAUUUCAGUUACAGAUUUGUUGAUGUGUUGAGAGGUUACCUUUGCUUGCUUUGUAGUGUUUCCGAUACGAAAUUUGAGAUAUGGGAGAUGAAAGAUUACGGAGUGAGGGAGAGUUGGUCUAAAGUGUUCAAAAUUGACCAGCAACAACUUACUACGACAAUGGGUAUUCGAUUAUGUAAAUACAUAAGGAGAGUUGUAUCUUUAAAAGAUGGAGAAAUCCUGUUGGAGAUGAUAGUGAAGGAUGGACGACAUGGUUGGUAUUGUGAAAGUGUUAAUGUUGUGAAAAUUCACUUGGAUGAGACGAAAAGAAGCCAAAAUAGAAGAGGGUAUGAAUACAUGAAGAAUAUCUUUCAGAUGGAGGCUUACACGGAGAGUCUAGUUUCAGUUAACUCGGGUACAUUUGUUUGGAAAGAACAAAAAGCUACAGGGUUGAAGAACUUUCAGAUCUCUUAA